AUGAAGAAGAAAAUGGCAGAUUUAUAAAUUUUGGNCAAGUCUCUAACAAUUAUAGUUACAGAUCUAUAAAAUACAUUACCGAAUCUUAUUUCUAUAAGUUACUAAAUAAUUUUAGGAAUUGAUGAAACAUUUUAAUAAUAACCAUUAGCAUUAAUAAAUUCCCCAUAUACUAGCCAAGAAUUUGCAUUCAUAUAAUCAUCAUGGUUUCUUUUGCCAUUUUACGGUUUUUAGUAUGAUGGAGUUUAAGAAAUUAGAUUCAAGAAAUAGUAUUUCUCAAAUGUUAAUAAUUUAUGGUAUGAUAUGAAUGUUGGAAAUUUUUAAAGUUAUGCAACAGGUUGUUGUUGUAUGCCAACCCUCUGGCACAAACAAAGUUGGAUGAAAUUUGAAUAUAUCACUGAAUUUAAACCUUAUGAAAUUGGUUUCAUUUCAAUAAAGUAUUUUAAAGAUAGUAAAGUUGAUUAUUUACAAUCAUUCAAAAUUGAAAUUUAAGGAGAUCUAUAGAAAGCAACAAACUUGGGGUUAACAAGAAUCAUCAUAGAUAAAGCAGAAUAAUAAACAAAUUUAAAAAUUCAUACUAAAUGUUAAGAAAAAGAAACUAUGAAAAUAAUCUUAUUUAUACCUAAUUCUACUUAGAAUAGUAUUACAAAUCCAUUUUUCCACAGCUGUUUGGACUCCUUUGAAGAAGUUGUGAUUACUUUUACCCUUAUAUCUACUUCAGUAGCCUAUUAAGAUCUGAUAGUUGAUAUUUCAGAAACAGAAUGCUUAAUUUCACAAUUACUAUUCAAUUACAGAUUCAGUCAAGUGGACUUAUUUUCAAUUUAGAAACUAAUUAACUGA